UGCAAGACAGAAACCAAAAAACAAUAACCAAAAUGGCCGAUGGCUUGAAAGUGGAAACAACAAGCUCAAACGAAAAUAUGGGGAAAAAAGCAGAAAAUGAUCAUAAAACUAAUUUACCUCACGACGAAGAUAAUGAAAGUGUUGAAGAGCAACCUUUGGACAUAGGAGAACAUUAUUUAGUGAGAAGAUCAGAUGAAUCUUGGCAUCCUGCUGAGAUAAUUCAAACCAGAUUUAAUGAAAAUGAACAACAAUAUGAGUACUACGUUCAUUACGAAGGAUAUAAUAGGCGGCUUGAUGAAUGGGUACCUAGGGGUAGAAUUAUGUCAGCUAGAUUUCAUCUAACGGAAGGGGGAAAGGGUCUCAAUGAUAAGAUAUGGAAAGACAGACCUGUAGUUACUGAUUUACUGAAUGACAGCACUGACCGUAAGAUAACCAGAAAUCAGAAAAGAAGACAUGAUGAAAUUAAUCAUAUCCAAAAAACAUAUGCUGAAAUGGACCCCACUACAGCUGCACUAGAAAAAGAACAUGAACAAAUUACAAAAGUAAAAUACAUAGACAAAAUUCAAAUUGGAAGAUUUGAGAUUGACACAUGGUAUUUUAGUCCUUAUCCAGAUGAAUACGGAAGGCAAAGCAAACUGUGGAUCUGUGAAUAUUGUCUGAAAUAUAUGAGAUUGGAGAAGAGUUAUAGGUAUCACAUGAGUGAAUGUACUUGGAGACAACCUGUUGGGAAAGAAAUAUAUAGAAAAGGAACCCUUUCAGUUUAUGAAGUGGAUGGGAAGGAUCACAAAAUUUACUGUCAAAAUUUAUGUUUACUUGCCAAAUUAUUUUUAGACCAUAAAACACUAUAUUUUGACGUGGAACCGUUUUUAUUCUAUAUUUUAUGUGAAGUUGAUAAGCAAGGUGCUCACAUUGUGGGAUACUUUUCUAAGGAAAAAGAAUCUCCAGAUGGUAACAAUGUUGCUUGUAUACUAACUUUGCCACCAUACCAAAGACAAGGAUAUGGGAAAUUACUUAUUGCAUUUAGUUAUGAACUCUCAAGGCUAGAAGGGACAGUGGGAAGUCCUGAACAACCCUUAAGUGACUUAGGUAAAUUAAGUUACAGGAGUUAUUGGAGUUGGGUGUUGUUAGAGAUAUUGAGGGACUUUAGAGGAACACUGUCUAUUAAAGAUUUAAGUCAAAUGACCAGUAUUACACAGACUGAUAUUAUAUCGACCCUUCAAAGUAUGAAUAUGGUAAAAUAUUGGAAAGGGCAGCAUGUUAUAUGUGUAACUCCAAAACUGGUAGAUGAACACAUUAGAUCAAGUCAGUACAAGAGACCUCGAUUAUGUGUUGACAGCAGUGCUCUAAGGUGGGCCCCACGGAAGCACGCAAAUAAUAAAAUAGGAAAGAAAUGAUAUUAAUUUUCUUGAUUCUCAUCAUUUUUAAACAUUGUCAAACUUCAUUAGAGUAUUGUGAUAGUAAACUUUUUUAUUUUGCUGUAAUUUAUAGCUUUCUGUAAAUAAAGUAUCUGAAUAAUGUUA